UCUGCUCCGUGCUGUCCAACUGGCGACGAGCAGCAGGACCGAGAACACUUUAAAUAAUUUAACUUUAAAAUAAACACAUUUACCGCUUUCAGACAUGGCGCUCACCGACGCACACGUACAGAAACAGAUCAGGCAAAUGGUGGCCUUCAUUGACCAAGAGGCCCAAGAGAAAAUAGAAGAAAUUGAUGCUAAGGCGGAGGAAGAGUUCAACAUUGAGAAAGGUCGUCUGGUGCAGACCCAGCGGGUGAAAAUCAUGGAAUACUAUGAGAAGAAGGAAAAGCAGAUCGAGCAGCACAAGAAAAUCCAGAUGUCCAACCUGGCGAACCAGGCGAGGCUGAAGGUGCUGAAGGCCCGCGACGAGAUGAUCACGGAUUUGUUGAAUGAGGCUCGUCAAAGACUUGCAGAGAUUGCCAAAGACCCUGCUCGGUACUCUACCCUGUUAGAGGGCCUGGUGCUUCAGGGAUUCUAUCGACUGCUGGAACCUAAAGUUACCGUUCGCUGCCGACAGCAGGAUGUAGAAAUGGUUCAGGCUGCAGUUAAUACGAACAUCCCUAUCUACAAAGAGGCUGUGAAGAGCAACAUAGUCGUCACAAUCGACCAGAAACGUUUUCUUCCAUCAGAGAUCUGCGGAGGAGUUGAAGUAUAUAAUGAUAAUGGGAAGAUCAAGGUUUCCAACACUUUGGAGAGCAGGAUAGAACUUAUCGCACAACAGAUGAUGCCUGAGAUCAGAGCGAACUUGUUUGGUGCCAACCCCAACCGCAAGUUCACGGAUUAACGGUGGAUUUGAAGAGAGCAGUGCAGACAUGGGUGGAAGUGCCAUCUGAUUUUACGUCUCCAGGGAUUGUCUAAAGGACUGCUUUAAAUUGCAAUGGCAUUGCAAAGAUGUAUUCCUGCCGUUGUUUUGGGAAAUCUGUUGCUCUACUACUUGAUUACAGUAAUCAAAGCUACAUAUUUAGGUCACCAAAGAUACACAUUCACACAAUUAGUCUACAUUUUCUGUAGAUAUAAUGAGAUUGAUUAUCUGGUAUGUUGAUUUUUGUGUAACAUUCAGGAGGGUCUAUUGGCAGAAAUGGAAUAUAAUGUUCAUAGGUAUGUUUUCGUUAGUGUAUAAUCAUUUUUAUGUACAGACGCCGCAGGUCGCCUUCCAUGGAGUCUACUGGCUGUAGAUAGGGUUUGCAGUGUUUUUCACAAGUUUUGUGGCCACAGUAGUUUCUCCUACACACUUCAUUACCGGGUUGUCAAAAACAUGCGCGAGUAGUGUUCAUUUAGAUAGAAUCUGCCUUGCCUGUGUGGGUUUGCGCACAGUGAAGUGAUGUUUACUAUUCUUCUGAAGAACUUAACGUACAACAACCAAAGGAAUAAAUGUGCGUGACACAGAA